AUGAACCGCGCCGCCAAACGCCUGUGCCUCGCCGCGCCGUCUGCGCCGGGCUGCUCCCGCCCCUUCCUCCUCCCCGUCGCCGGCCUCGGCUCCGGCUUCGGCCUCGGACCUGUCAGCGUACCCCGCCGCUCCUACGCCUUCGCCUCCGGCGGCGGCGGCGCCCAGGCCUUUCAGGUCUUCAACCGCCGCACAAAAUGGCUGCAAAAGGAGCGCGCCGCCUCCAACCCCGAGGCCAGCCGCCAGGCAGAUUACCUCAAGGACGAGAUCGCGAACCGCCUCUGCGAGAGGCUACUUGACAUCAAGCGCAACUUCCCCCGCGUCCUCGACCUCGGCGCAAACUCGUGCAACAUCGCCCGCGCCCUCACCCGCGAGAAUCCCGACCAAGACCCCGCGAUGCCCAUCACCCCGCCCCUCUCGACCCGCAUCGACGAGCUCGUCGCCGCCGAGUCCUCCCACGCCCUCCUCCACCGCGACGCCGACCUCCCCUUCAACGCCGACAUUAACGUCACCCGCCAGGUCCUCGUCGACGAGGAGCACAUCCCCUUCCCCCCGGCCACCUUCGACCUCGUACUGAGCUCCCUGAGUAUGCACUGGAUCAACGACCUCCCGGGUGUCCUGACCCAGAUCAACAACGUCCUGAAGCCAGAUAGCCCCUUCAUCGGCGCCAUGCUCGGCGGCGACAGCCUGUUCGAGCUGCGCACGUCACUGCAGCUUGCCGAGCAGGAGCGCCGCGGCGGCAUGUCCCCCCACGUCUCCCCGCUGGCUGACGUCCGCGACGUCGGCGGCCUGAUGCAGCGAGCCGGCUUUAAGAUGCUGACCGUCGACAUCGACGACAUCGUCGUCGACUACCCGGACACCUUUGCCCUCAUGCAGGACCUGCAGGCCAUGGGCGAGGGCAACGCCAUCCUCGGCAGGGAGAUGGGCGCCAUCAGGAGGGACGUGCUCCUGGCGAACGAGGGCAUCUACAGGGAGCUCCACGGCAACGAGGACGGGAGCAUUCCCGCGACCUUCCGCAUCAUCUACAUGAUCGGCUGGCACGAGGGCGGCGACCAGCCCAAGCCGUUACCUAGAGGAUCCGGAGACGUGAACCUCAAGGACAUUCUCGAGUCCAACUAG